AUGUAUUUACGUCCUGCAAUUAAUAUAUUUAAGGCGAUGGACCUUGCAGUUGCAUAUAGGAGUAUCCCAGCUCCAAGUCAUCCUGAUAUAGAUUGGGUUAUGAUAACAUCAUUCAGUGCUUAAUUAACAAUUUUAGGAUUCGCAUUUAUAGGUUCGGGAGCGGUUCGUUAUAAAUCAGUUCAAUCAUCAGUGAUAACAGUGCUAUUGGGAUCAGUUAUAACCAUUUUCUUUUUUUGGCUUAUAGGAUAUGGUUUUGCAUUUGGAGAUGAAAUGGGAAAUUAAUUCAUUGGUUUUGGUAAAUUUGCAGGAGCAGGAUAUUCUGCUGAAUUCUAGAAAGACGAUUAUUCAAAUUUCAUCCACUCAACAGUUGGAGCUGUAAUAGUUGCAUCUCUAUUUGGAUUGGGUACCUUAGAGAGAUCUAGAUACUUUUCUGUUAGUGUAUGUUUAGCAUUCAUCACAGCAAUAUUGUAUCCAAUAGCACUUCAUUGGGUCUAACCUACAGGAUGGUUGAAUACCAUAGGAUUUGUGGAUUUUGCAGGAGCAAGCUAUAUCCACUUGUUUGGUGGUAUUUUAGCAUUGGUUGUUUCAAUAUUUUUGAAGGAGAGACGAGGUAAAAGAGGCUAUGUAGAUCCAAGUAUUUUCCUACAUCAUUCUCAAAUUUAUAUUGGAUAUGGAUCAUUUAUUCUGACAAUAGCAAUAUUAAUAUUCGUUAAUGGAGCUAACUCAGAAGGAAAAUUUGAUAAAUACAACUAGGGAUUGAUAGCAACCAACACUAUCGUAGCAUCUGCAUUCUCAGCUCUCACUAGUUUCUUUUUAUACUACUAGCAGACUCUCAAGUUAAGCUUAAUUGCUCUAUCCAGAGGUAGUGUGGCUGGAAUUGUUGCUAUUUCAGCUAUGGCUGAUGAUGUUCGAAUCUGGUAAUCUGCUUUUACUGGUGUCUUGGCUGGAAUUGUUUAUAUUUUUCUCAUCCUUGUAAUAAAGAGAUCUCCCAUUGAUGACCCUGCUUACACUAUUGCUUCGCACUUGGGUCCUGGUCUCUUGGGAACCAUUCUGGUUGGUUUUCUAAGUCUUACCCAUGGUUUGAUGACUGGGCAUGGUUUCAAAUAAUUGGGAUUAUAAAUAGUAGGAAUCAUUGUAUUGGUUUUAUGGGCACUUUUUGUUGCAUUAGGACUCUAAGCUGCAGCCUAUUGGAUUCCAAAAAGUAGUAUUGAUGUUUUUAAGAUUCAUCUAUUCCAAGAAGCUUAGGGAAUCGAUAUUAGUUAUGGUAAUUAGUAUUUUAAGCAUUUAUUAGCUGAAGGGGAAGCCAUUCAAUUGCUCGAUUACCAGCCAGAACCUACUUUGUUGAGCAAUUUUCCCAAGAGGGGAGUCUUUGAAUUUUCAAGCAAUUGA